GUACCAUAAUUGCAAACAAAAAAAGAACAUUUCAUUCUGUUAAGAAUUGUGAAGGAAGUGUGAAGUGAAUCGUGUUUCAAACAAAAAUUGAGAAUAUGCCAAUUUACAGUAGCAGCAUUAGACGUAUUCUGGAUAAGUGGCCCGGCAAGCAACGAUUUGGGGUUUACAGGUUUUUGCCUCUAUUUUUCAUUCUCGGUGCCGCUCUUGAAUUUUCAAUGAUUAACUGGACCGUAGGAGAAACCAAUUUUUAUCAUACAUUUAAAAAACGACAGGCGAAAAACUUUGUGGAGGAUAAAUUACAAACAACACAAAAUCAGGUGCAGCCACAAGCUAAAGAAACGACGUAACAAAACAGUAAUCGAUUUAUUACCAUUAAC